AUGGCCACCCAGGACGGCACAGGUAGGCCUCCCUGCCCGCCCUUCAACCUCGAAUCGGCACGGGCAAAGGUGAGGGCAGCCGAGGACGCGUGGAACACUCGAGAUGCCACCAAGGUCAAGAUGGCCUACACGCCCGACUCCAUCUGGCGGAACCGGGACCAGUUUUUGCAGGGCAGGGACGCCAUCGAGACCUUUCUCACCGACAAGUGGAAGAAGGAAAACGGGUACCGGCUUCGGAAGGAGCUGUUUGCCUUCACCGACGACAAGAUUGCCGUCCAGUUCUGGUACGAGUGGCACGACGACAAUGGCCAGUGGUGGCGAACCUACGGGCUCGAGGACUGGACCUUUGCCGACAAUGGCCUUAUGCGGAAGCGGCAGAUGAGCGGAAACGACGUCAAGAUUGCCGACGGGGAGAGAUGGUUCAAGGAUGGCGUCGAUGUUCACCAAGUGGACAUCUCGGAGAAGCAUUGGUAG